AAUAGGAAAAAGGAAGAAAAAAAAAAAAAAAAGAAAAGCCCUAGCCGAUCUUCUUCCUCUCCCUCUUCCUCAUAGCCGCCAGCGCCCCCACCUUGUGAGCUCAGUUCUCCUUCUCCGGUGACUCUACGAACCAAUGUCGACGACCACGUACCUCCGGCGAUUGACGCGAGCAGACACCCACGCGAACGCCCAGCUCUGUCGUCGAAGACGUUCUACAUUCAUCCACGAAUCUGACUAGUGACGUGAUCGCCACUUCGAGCGGCUGUGUCUCUUCUUCGUUCGAUAAUUCCCGCGCGUACAGCAGCUGUUCAACACGUUUCUGACGACUGUGUUUUGCAGCGGCGUUUUUGGCUUGGGGGCAAGCUUUCGACUGCUCUCUACAGUCCGAUUAGCUUUAAAUUAGUGUACCUAUAACGUUUAAGGUCCAGAUCUGCAAGUUCGGUCAUUUUCAAACACCAACCAGCUAGGUUCGGGGACUUUUUGUAAGAUUCGGCGCAUGUUUUGUCUCUGGCUCAUUAUUGUGUCUGGCUCAUGUUUUGAGCAAGAUUGAUUAAAAAAUUUUGGUCCUCAGGAGAGACUUGAGUAUUACAUCAGCUGCUGAUAUUUCUGUUGUGUUAAUUCCUGUGGAUUAUUUUGAAGAGGCAAGAUGAGUUCCAGAAUACCAUCUCAUCAGCUUAGCAAUGGCCUCUACGUAUCAGGUAGGCCUGAGCAGCCUAAGGAGAGAACCCCAACGAUGAGCUCUGUAGCUAUGCCCUAUACUGGUGGAGAUAUCAAGAAAUCAGGAGAGCUAGGGAAGAUGUUUGACAUCCCUGUGGAUGGCUCCAAGUCCAAGAAGUCAGGACCUAUAACUGGUGGCUCCUUGAGGUCUGGAUCUUUCGGAGGUGUUGCAUCUCAUUCUGGACCUAUCAUGCCAAAUGCUACAGCUCGUACCAUGUACACCACCUCAGGUUCUUUACCUUCUCAGGGCCUUUCUGGUUCUGCUUCGUUGAAAAAGUCAAAUUCUGGACCGCUGAGCAAGCAUGGGGAACCUGUAAAGUUGUCUGGUCCACAGUCUGGUGGAGUAACACCUACCGGUCGUCAAAACUCUGGGCCUCUUCCUCCUGUACUACCUGCUACAGGCCUUAUCACAUCAGGACCCAUUUCUUCAGGCCCUCUAAAUUCUUCCGGAGCUCCACGGAAGGUUUCUGGUCCUUUAGAAUCAAUGGGAUCUAUUAAAUUACAGGGUUCUGCAGCUCAUGGUCAUGCUGUAACUACUCUUACUCAUGAUGAUGAUUAUUCAUUUGCAAAGAACUUCCCAAAGAUAGUAUUAUGGUCAUUAAUUCUUCUAUUUGUGAUGGGUUUUAUUGCUGGGGGCUUUAUUCUUGGAGCCGUCCAUAAUGCGAUCCUCCUCAUUGUGGUUGUGGUUCUUUUUGCUGCUGUUUGUACACUUUUCGUUUGGAAUACUUACUGGGGUAGAAGAGCAAUUAUGGGUUUCAUUGCUCGCUAUCCAGAUUCCGAACUUAGAACUGCAAAGAAUGGACAAUUUGUGAAGGUCUCUGGGGUGGUUACCUGUGGCAACAUGCCCCUUGAGUCAUCCUUCCAAAAAGUUCCAAGAUGUGUAUAUACAUCAACCAGUUUAUAUGAGUACCGCGGAUGGAGUUCCAAAGCUGCCAAUCCUACACAUCGUCGUUUCACUUGGGGGCUCAGAUCACUAGAAAGACAUGUGGUUGACUUCUACAUCUCUGAUUUUCAAUCUGGUUUAAGAGCAUUGGUAAAGACUGGUUAUGGAGCCAGAGUGACUCCUUAUGUUGAUGAUCCAAUUGUUAUUGAUGUUAAUCCAGUAAAGGAAGAGUUAUCUCCCAACUUCGUCAGGUGGUUAGGGGAACGAAAUCUUUCAAGUGAUGAUCAACUAAUGCAUUUAAGAGAAGGAUAUAUCAAGGAAGGAAGCACGGUUAGUGUAAUGGGAGUUGUUCAGAGAAACGAAAAUGUGCUAAUGAUUGUCCCUCCGCCUGAUCCAAUCGCGAGUGGUUGUGAAUGGAGCAAGUGUAUUUUUCCAGCUAGUAUUGAAGGUAUUGUUUUGCAAUGUGAAGACACGUCAAAGAACGAUGUGAUACCUGUUUAGCAUCAUGAAUUCGCAACUCACGUAAGAUCUUCUUUCCUCAUUUAGUAUUUGGCUUCGGUUGUAGGUAGUAGGUAGGUAGGUUAGGACUGAUGAAUUGACAAAGAUUGCGGAUGGUUUGAGAGGGAUGGGGCGGUGUUGUUUUUAGUUUUGAUGUAUAGUUUUUCGAGAGUUUCUUUUCCAUGUUUUUGGUGUGAAGAGAAAGGGCAUGAGAAGGCUUCUUGUAAUAGGGAAUGAGGUUUGGUGCUGUGGAGAAUUCAAACUAGUUUAAAGCAGAUCGACUUAUGUUAAAUAGAAUGAAAGUGAAAGUGUACUCCCACAACCAAGUUGGCGUGGAUCCAAGGUCAUUCUGGCAACAUUUUCGAUUGUAGUAUAUCCACUCUACAUGGAAUAGAGUUGACCGAACAAGGGGUCCCACUUGGAGAUUCAGUCGAACUACUAUACCUUGCACGAUUCGAGUGGUCCGAUGUCUUCUUUUAUUUAAGAUCGAUCUUCCUUCCCCCUUACCUUUAGAGCUAAUAGGGCAACAAGCAUUUCUAUUGUAAUCUCUUACUUUGGAACAUCUUGUUGCCAAUACCAGCAACAAAGCACAACCUUAUUUGAAUAGGAUCUGUUCUAUAGAUUGGUCAACUUUAUCCUUGAGCUCUAAGGAGACAAGCUAGACCUUUGUUUGCA